UCAUCCAAUAAGACGAUGUUAGACCACAAAACUGGGGAGAAGGGGACAGAACAAAGAAGACCUCUGCCAAGAGAGGACAACGCUGAAAUGCUGCUUGACUAUAAAGACCCAAUUAUGGUGAAAUCUAAUGUGAUAGAAAGCGACGAGGAGGAGACGAUUCAAAUCUUGGACAAGAGAAAAAACCAAACAAUUUCUGAAUACGAUAGUGAGUCCUCGUCAGAAAACGAGGAUGCCAUAUCGACGGGAGAGUGUAGUGAUAAGGAUCUAGAUCUCAGCAUUAUUGUUCCAGAAAUCCGAGAAGUCUGGAAUUACAACCUUUACGACGCGUUCUCGCAAAUAUGUCGACUUGUUGGCGAUUAUCCAUUUGUCGCCAUGGACACAGAAUUUCCGGGUAUUGUCGCCAAGCCCAUCGGAAAUUUUUCCACAAUGGACGAGUACAAGUAUCAACUAGUCAAAUGCAAUGUAGAUCUAUUAAAAAUGAUCCAGUUGGGUAUGACCCUGUUUGACGGAGAGGGUAAUCGGCCCCCUGGUGUGUGUACCUGGCAAUUUAACUUUAAAUUUUCUCUUAAUGACGAUCUGUACGCGGAGGAUUCCAUUGAUCUUCUGGUGAAUUCAGGAAUACAGUUCGAGCAACAUUCCACAGAGGGGAUUGAACCCGUUGCCUUUGCCGAGAUGUUGUUAAGCUCUGGACUUGUUCUCAUGGAUAAUGUAACCUGGUUAACCUUCCACAGUGCUUAUGACUUCGGGUACCUACUCAGCCAGUUAACCUGCCAGCAGCUUCCAGAAUCUGAGACUGAGUUUUUAGAAACCCUACGACUGUAUUUCCCUAACAUGUAUGACAUUAAAUACCUCAUGGCAUCUACUGAUAAUCUCAACGGUGGUUUGCAGAAGGUAGCGAACGAGCUCCGUGUGAAACGAAUUGGUUCCCAGCAUCAAGCAGGGUCAGACUCCCUGCUCACAGGGGAGGUCUUCUUCAAGAUGUACCAUGAUUACUUUAGUGAAGGACUGGAUGAUAUGAAGUAUAACGGAUAUAUUUGCGGACUGGGAGCAGGAGCUCCAAACUCCACAUCUACUCCCUCAAAGAUCCACAGGGAGCUGUUUGAUGAGACUGUGUGUAUGGAGUUGUCGGAGCUACAUGUCUCGAUUGCAACAUCACCUGUUCGAAACCAUUAACUUCGUAAACUCAGCGAUUCGAACUAUUUGCCAAGUUACUUAGUCUUUCAUUACCAUCAGCCGAGAUAUUGUCCAUGCAUUUUGUUGAUACAAAUUUUAAGUUAUUCUAUGUAUUGGGAAGUAUCCUUUUAGUCAAGCCAUGUUUAAUGCACACAUGAUGAAAAGUAUGGUCUGUGAUAAAACGACACGAUUUAACCAUUUUUGGAUAGAAUUCUACUUAAACCUGAGUUAAUGUACCUAUAUAAGUAUGAGUAUUCUGGACGCCCAGGAAGUCCCCAUUUAUCCUCCCUGAACAACCUCAACCCCUUCAGCUGGGACUUCCUGGUAUCUCUAAAUGUCUUGUUACAAAAAACGAAGAAAAUGAAUUAAAAAAGACGAAAAAGUUUCAUAUUUAAUGCUUCAAACGAAACUUGAUGCUGUGUUGCGCUAUUUGUCUUAAAUAGUAACUUUGUAGUUCGUAUAUUUGUUUGAUAAAUUAUAGAUUUAAUCUUGUGUA